AUUAAGAAUUUUCUUUUGUAUUUGCAGGCACGUUUAGUUCUACAUACUUAUUCCUGUUUAUUUGGAACAUUUUUAUGUAAUACUGACCAAAGUAGGAAUGCUUAUAAAGUGUCCAAUAGAACAUUUUCUGUGUGGCCAGUGUUGAACGAAAAAAGUCAAUUCCACAACUACCUUUUUAAUCAUAGUAAUGAGGUUUUAAGGCCAUCUUACCAUAUAAGAAAUCUGAAAUUUUGGAGUGAUGUUUAUCUACCAAACAAUUCUGUCAAUCUUGGAAGAUCGACUAUGCCUCCAGUCGAAGAACCUCUUCCAGAAGAAAAUCUGGAAAAAUCUAAUCUCGUGAAAACAAAAUCAUGUGAUAACAUACCAUGUGCUGAACAUUCUUUAACUUUGCAACGGCGUAACAGUGACCCUAACAUAGUAGAAAAUACUUUUAUAGAACCCGUACUUUAUCCACAUAUUCCAGAAUAUACUGAAAAAAUCUCUACUCAUAACUCGAACAUAAUGGAAAAUUCAGUGCUAAGUAAUCUGUGCAAUGGCUUUGGUGCUGAUAGGUCUGAAUUAGAUGACUUAGAAAGGACAGGUAGUAAAAGCUUUGGAAUUUCACAUUCAAAUUUAGUUUUGAAGGAACCUACAAUCGAUGGUUCCACUGAUACACUAGUCAGUGAAAAUGGCGCAUUAGUUCAAGAACAGUGUAGAAAUGAAUCCAGUCAUACAAACAGUGGUGAGACAUUUUCGUAUUCAAAGUUAACAUGUUCAGUCAGUACAAGUACCACCGAUCUACCUUUAACGGUGGAAGGUGUCUUGCAGUCUGUGACACAGAAUAUCAGUUAUAUUGAUAGUAAGAUGCCAAAUUGGUGUCAAAAUGUGAUUGGUGCUUUUAUUAGCAAUAAGAGGAACAGCGAUACAUCAAAUUCGUGCAGCUGUAGCUACACUACACCCAAUCAUUCACGUACUCCAAGCUCUGGUUUUCCUGCAACUCCUUGUGAUGAACCUAGUGACAUGCCAACGUUAAAAAAAGAUUCCUCCAUUCAUCAGACUUUGGAUGUGGAUGGCUUAACUAUUGUACCCAAUGCUGUGCAAGAAAGAAUUAAAAAACUUAUUCUGCAUUAUAAGAAUAAAGUUGCAAAUCUUCAGUGUGAGCUAUCCUCUGCUAGAUGUGAAUUCCUUCAACAUAUAUGCAGGUAUUACCAAGUAAGGGAUGGUCAUGGAAUCGAUGCAGAUGAUGCGGUAUGUAACAAUGUGCUUCUUUCUUUUAAAAUUUUGUAAUUGAAAUUUUAAUAU